CGGCGUUCCCGCUCCAAAAGCCCUAAUUUGGAUUUUGGAAAACCCUUCCCUUACCAGCCUUUCCCUCCAUCUUUCUCAUACCCGGCAGCGCCGCGGCCUUCUUUCAGUCGUCGUAGUGAGAUUGGUUGGUUGAUUUAAGUUUGGGAUAUGACUAGCUGAAUUGGUUUGCUAAAGGAGUGUUCUUCCAUUCCUAAAGAUAGUAGGGUUCGGCAGGAGACCCUACUAUCUGGGUAGGCCUGGCAUUUAGACCCGCAACCCGCAAACCCACCCUAUACCCGCACGAUUGUUAAUCCCGUUAACUAAAACUCAUUUCUUUCGGCAACCAAGAGCAGCCUCCAUCUCUCUUUUCUUCGAGCAGCCUCCAAACCCAAAACCCAGAGAAGCUAGAGGUUUCCUCGUUCUCUUCUUCACCGUUAAUCACUGUUCGAGCUUCUUCCACUGCCUUCGUCGAGACCUCCCCAACUAAAUGGUGGGAUUAUCUAUAGGAGAGAAGUAUUUCAUACAGGGUGGCAUUGCUCAGGACCUUCGCACUGAUGGUCGGAAAAGAUUGACGCCUAGACCCAUCUUUGUUGAAACUGGAGUCAUUUCCCAGUCAAAUGGUUCAGCAAGGGUCAGGAUUGGUGCCACAGAAGUCAUUGCCAGUGUGAAGGCUGAACUUGGAAGGCCGAGCGCAUUGCAUCCUGACAAAGGAAAAGUCUCUAUAAAUGUUGAUUGCAGUCCAACUGCAGCACCAAUGUUUGAGGGUAGAGGGGGUGAGGAGCUGUCCGCAGAACUCUCAGUUGCUCUUCAGCGUUGUCUAUUAGGUGGUAAAAGUGGAUCAGGUGCUGGAAUUGACCUCUCUUCUCUGGCAAUUGUGGAAGGAAAGAUUUGUUGGGAUCUUUACAUUGAAGGCCUUGUUGUUAGUUCAGACGGAAAUCUACUAGAUGCCCUAGGUGCUGCUAUUAAGGCUGCUUUGAGCAAUACAGGCAUCCCAAGAGUAAAUGUUGCAGCUGGUGCAUCAGGAGAUGAGCAACCAGAGGUUGACGUAAGCGACGAGGAAUUUCUGCAAUUUGACACAUCCAAGGUCCCUGUCAUUGUUACAUUAACGAAGGUAGGCAGGCACUAUAUUGUAGAUGCCACAUCAGAAGAGGAAUCCCAAAUGAGCUCAGCUGUUUCUAUUUCAGUCAACAGGCAAGGGAACAUAUGUGGGUUGACAAAAAGGGGUGGUGCAGGCCUAGAUCCAAGCGUCAUUCUUGACAUGAUAUCUGUAGCACAAAGUGUAAGUGAGAGGCUGAUAAACACAUUGGAUUCUCAGAUAGCUGCGGCUGAAGCUGGUGAAGAUGAGUUGUGAUGAUAAGCAGAACCUCUGAUACAUUAAAGUAGGUGUAGGUGGGUUCACACAGGUCCUAGUUAUAUGAAAGAUUGUAAUUCUGAAUUUCUGAUAGUACAAAAAAGCCAUGCGAAUAAUUCAAAUUUGUUGUAUCGGUAUUUGGAACCCUUGUCCAAUAUUAGUAUUGGCAUGCUGUUAAAGACCAAGAGUUUGCUAAGAUUGCUUUUGUAGUCCAGAUAUCCAUCAUUUUGACAUUGGUUUCAUUGGUUUAAUGAGAGAUAUGAACAAGAGUUCCUCGCUAA